CACAAACAGAAAUUCUCUAUUCCAACUGUCACAUUGUAGACACGUCAAAUUUCGGAAUAAAAUCCAAAAUAAAUUAUAGCUGAUCAAUAUUACAGAUCACAUUUAGCAUUUUAAUGAAACAAAAUACAUUUUGUUACGUUAAUUAAUUAUUACAAGCACAAAAAAAUGGAAGGAGCAUUGUUGGAGCCAACGUUGUAUAUGGUUAAAGGAAUUGCAAUUCUUGACAAUGAUGGCAACCGCAUUUUGGCGAAAUAUUAUGACAAAAAUGUUUUUUCCACCGCAAAGGAACAGAGAGCCUUUGAGAAAAAUCUCUUCAACAAGACACACAGAGCUAAUGCUGAAAUAAUCAUGUUAGAUGGUUUAACUUGUGUUUAUCGCAGCAACGUUGAUUUAUUUUUUUAUGUUAUGGGAAGCUCACAUGAAAAUGAAUUAAUUCUCAUGAGCGUUUUGAACUGUCUCUACGACUCUGUGAGUCAAAUUUUGCGCAAAAACGUCGAAAAAAGGGCUGUUUUGGACUCUCUUGAUAUAGUCAUGUUGGCAAUGGAUGAAAUUUGUGAUGGAGGUAUUAUUAUUGACGCUGAUUCAAAUUCAGUAGUGUCGCGAGUGGCCCUCAGAAACGACGAUAUUCCAUUAGGAGAGCAAACUGUAGCUCAGGUAAUACAGUCAGCUAAAGAACAACUCAAGUGGUCUUUGCUUAAGUAAUUAAUAAUUGUGUAAGAUUGUAUUGUAAUUCAUAAAUUUGUAUUAAUAGCUU